GGAGACUGUAAAUAAGCAGUAGUGCCAUCUUCUGCUUGCUUCUGCUUGUCUGCUUGGUUCGUGUUGUAAAGUGCAUAUUUGUAACUCUAUUAUCCCACCAUACACUUGUUGUCAUUUAAAACAUUUGCAUUGAUUUUGGGAAGUUCAAGUGCGUUUCUGCUGUCGGCCUGUCGGCUUUCAACCCUUUAUACGUUGGAUCUGUUUGUGCUCAAGGCAGGUAUUUUUCAAAUAUUCCUUCACGACAUCCCAAUUUAAUUGAAGUCUCAGGUUCUCGCGGGACUUAAACAUGGUGCAGCUUCACGUCAAAAGAGGAGAUGAAAGUCAAUUUCUGAUCGAAGUCCCUGCCGAUACACCUGUUAAUGAUGUCAUAACAGAGGUCACUAUUAUAUAUAAUGGGCGGCUCAAAGCAGGACGCAUCUGUAUGGAAAUGGAGGAGUUGGCUGAUCAUGGUCCAAUGCUGCCUCCAAAUAUAAUGGGCCUUACUGAUGAGCAAGUUUCAGAGCUAAAACUUUCUGAUGAAUGGGCUGAUAAGUGUGUGCCUAGUGGUGGGUGGACUUUCAACAAAGAUGAAAUUGGUCGUCGAAACGGACGUCAACCAAAUGAAAAAAUGCAGGAGGUACUUCGGAAGACCAUUGAGGAGGCUAAGGCCAUUAUAUCCAAGAAACAAGCUCAAGCUGGAGUACCUGUCACGAGAAACAUGGUAAAAGAAGCUCUUGAUAUGCUGCGUGGAGCUGUGACAAUUGUGUAUCCCAUGGGAUUGCCUCCUCAUGAUGUUAUUCGAGAGGAAUUUGAGAACACUGAAGAUCUCAGUGGAACUCAAGCUUCACUUGAGGUGAUUGAGCCUUCCAUGGCUUGUCUAUGGUUUUGUGGAAAGGAAAUGCUGAGAACAAAAAAACUAAGCGACUACUUUGGACGCAAUGACAAGACUCGUGGUGUUGUUAAACUGCAGAAAAUCGGUCAAGGUGCUCCUGGACGUGAACCUGUGAUGACUGAGGCCCAGCAAAAGGAGUGGAUGCUGCAUGCCUAUCGCAAACAAGAGGAAAUAAAGGUAGGACAAGAAUCAAGCAGCUCUUCAAACCAUGUAGAAGCAGGAAAUGUUUCAAGUGUAGACUCUGGAUUCUGCAAAGUAGAACCAAAUAAUGUAGCUCCUUCAUUACCAUUGGAUGAAGAUAGGAAUGAAGCUGAUAGCUCAGACUUCGUUCAUAGAAUGUUAAGUUCAUCCAGUGUAAGUGAUGGUUCAACUAUGAGAUCAAUUGAUAGUAGCUCUGCUUUAUCAAAUAUUACAAGCUUCAUCAAUGAAUCUCAGUACAGCAUCUUUAAUAUACACAAGUGAUAUUGGACUUUUAAGCUUAUUGAUUGCUGUGAUAAUAUUUUGAUACUGUAGCUUAGUGUAGGUACCUGUAUCUUUUUUUAAAGCACAUUUAUUUUUGUGUAAUUCUGUUGCUCCCCACUGUUGUGUAACUUUGUAUUAAAAGCAUGUAGUUAGUGUUUACCUGGAAAUGGAAAAUAAAAAUAGUAAACUUUUGCUGAAAAUGAAAUGAAGGAAAACAAAAUGGUAUAUUUUGUCAAUAAUUACAAAUUUACAGGAUCAGACAUAGAUUAUAUAGCAAGUAGCAUUAGAUUAAAGAUCAUGUUUGCCAACAA